AUGGCAGCAGCAGCAAUAGUAACGAACGCUGCAAAGCCACCCAGUUCUUCUUCCGCAGCAGAUUCUUACAUUGUGAAAUCUUUUGGAACAGAAGGAAGAAGGAAGGAUGGCCCUCAGAUCCUUCCAAUUGACAAAGUUUACGAGUACAUAUUCUUCCGAGGAAGCGACAUUAAGUUGAAGGAGGUGACAGGGAUGGGGCGAAAGACAGAAGUGUGCCUUUGUGGAGGCUGCUGGGGAGAUUUGCAGGUUAUAUCCUCACCACCUGUUCAGGGACUCCCUAUUGAGGCUCAUACAAGAUGCAUCCGUUACAAAUAUUGGUUCCCAUACACAAUUGGGAAUCCCUGUUUCAACUUUUCAAGGAAAUUUGCAGCAAUAUCAGUCUGUGGAAAAUUCAGGGAAUUGGGUUCAUCACCUCCUCCAACUGCCAACAGUAAUGGGCUAGAUAUGCCAGAGUAUUGGCCAGGAAGCACUUGGCAGACUCUUGUUCCUCACUGCCUCCUGUUCAUAAAGAUUCCCCAAAUUCAACUCCUACCGUAUCCCCACCAUCAGCUUUUGCAUCCAACCUUCCAAGUGGACAAUCUUCCACUCCAGCUUCUACUUUUUCACCCAAACGUGAAGCCAAAUAAUGAACUCAAUGCUCUUCCUACUGUAAAAUUGGGUCCUAGCUUGCCACUGUUGCCCUUUUUGGCUACCAAUCUGAAAGUAAAUGCCAUUGUUCCUUUAAUUACUGGCAAACAUAGCUCAGUUCUUGGGCCCGCAUUGCCUUAUCAAAGUAUGGCUCAAUCUAUGCCAUCUGUUGUUGCAACCACCGCUGCAUCUCUUGGCGAGAAAUCAAUACAAACACUUGUGGCCUCUGAUCAGCUUUUACCGCUUGGGGUCACAACGCCUUCUGUAUCUCGUUUUUCACAGAAUGCUGAUGAAGACAUAGAAACUAUUCAAGCAUCGACAUCAGAACCACCAUUUUCAGAUACAGAAAAUGUUCAGGAACCAGGACAGCAAUUGCCAUCAUCAUCAUCAGCUGAAAAGCCGAAUGGAGCUGCUUUAUACACUUAUCGCAGUAAUAGAGGCCAUGGACGAGGAAGAGGAAAUAUGCUUAAUGGAGCUGCUUCACACAAUCGUCGCGAUUAUAGACGGCAUGCAAUGGGAAGAGAAAAUGCACUGAAUGGAGCUGCUUUAUACCCUCAUCACAAUAAUAGAGGUUAUUUUCGGGGAAGAGAAGAUGGGCCAAAUGGAGCUCCUCUACGCGCCCGAUACUAUGCUGAUGUUCAUGGUCAGGAAAAAGGAACAAAGUCACAUUCAAUUACUUUGAAUUGGACUGGAGCAAUUGAAUUAUAUUUACUUGACAGGGAAUUUAGAUUGAAGUUAUGUGAAGUUAAUAAGGUCAUACCUAAUUACGGGCACGUCCCUGAGCACUGA